AUGAGGACAACAUCAACAGCAGAGACAUCCGGACGUGAUAUGUGUCAGCGACAGUCGUUGGACCGUAGUGCCGUGUACGCGCUGGCCCGUUCCCUGUCCCUCGAGUUGUCGUUUUUCUUUCUGGACAAAGGUGGCUUGCACGCUGAGCGUUUCUGCCGGUCCUGCCAUAUCAUUUGUCAGUGCAUGUCUCGACUACAAGUAUCUGUGUCUGAUAUUUGUCGCGUGAUGCAUGUAUUCGACUACGACGAAGCGACCAUUGGCAAUGGCUACCGCAGCAUUGUGUCGGUGGUCGACAAGUGUGUACUGAACAUCAUCCGGUUGUUGAAGUUCGUCAAGGAGCACAAAGGCACGAUUUUGUUCCGUACCGGUAACUACUGCAAGGAGCUGGAGACGUUCUGCGACUUGUUUCCCGACCUCGACAAGUUGUCCGACUUGGACGAGAUGAUGCGCAAGUUCGAGUCGUUCGACCAGAGCUGUUUCUUCGGACGAACCAUCGGAUUUCAGUUUUGCAGCUCCGUUUGCCGCAUAUUUCGUGUUAUUGCUAUAAGCUUGGCAUCUUACAGUCUGCUUUGGGAGCGGUCGAAAUAUUCGUGGACGUUUGUUGCCGGUUCUCUUUUGAGUUGCGGUCGCUUACUAUUGAACCCAGAGGAACGAGGCAAGCGCAUCGCCGCGUGUUUCAAGUUCUCGGACCCUUCUUUUUGCAAGGCGUUCUGGGAACUGUUGGAAACUCCCCUGCUCAAGCAUAUUCCAAGUUUUUUUGGUCCCGCGCUUCAUAUUAACGAAAUAUAUUUUAUUCCCGGCGAUGGCUGUAUUUUCCUGGAAAAUUCUUCUGGCUCGAAAGUUGAAAUCCUGGCUCCGGAAGCGUACACAGGGAAGAGACCAUUGCCUGUCAGAAUACUUUCGUCGCGUCAGUUCGACGGACUGGUAAGCAUUCAUCACCCAAUUGACCAACUUCUUUGUUUGCAUUGUGUAUAA